ACGCAACUGUACAUAUCUAAACUCUAACCGUAUCACUUUCUCUCUUUACGCAUGAGAGAAAAGAAUCGUCGCGCGCUGGACGCUCUGUCCUUUUCUGUGCAAGAGAAAACAUCUCGUAUCUCGAGAGAGAAUAUUACAGAAUUCAAAUUUACCACACUGCGAUCCAUACAGUACUCCCCCCCAAGUGUAACGAUACAAUGCAAUAUGCAACGAUGCAAGGGAGAAAUAGGACGCGACGAAUCGAAGUUGGUCGGGAACCACUGUUUCUAUUACUUAGAAAUAUAUUUUCCCGACAAUCUUUACGUCCUUGGAGUCCUUGGUGUGUUGAUUUUGAAUUGUCCUCGAUUACUUCAAUUAUUUAUAGACAUCAGUUGGAGCUUGACCGUGUCCACAGCGUUGACCUCUCAUUCACCUUAUCUCUGAUGAUGCUUCCUCGAAGUCUCGAACACGGUGGCCAUGAGAAAAUUUACAAAUUUAAGGAAGGGAAACUGUUAUUUCAGCAGAUGGGAACUAUUAUUCGUCCGUAUGAAGAAAAUACUUUAAGAAGUGGUCUCAAGGAGAAGUAAUCCUUGACAGGAAGAACCUUGUAAUGUUGUGGAAAGCUUCCUGUUAUCGUCCUAAGUUCUGGGACCAGCUGUAAAAUUUUGUGAAGUGAAUAAAAUUUCUAAGAUUUAAAAGAAUAAAUUUUCAGGAAAAGAUUUUUUUUGGAGUAAGUGAUAAUAUAAGGAAAGUGUUGUAAGUUGGUUUUUCAAUCAUGGAACAAGAAUUAAGGUUGGAAAAAUGUGCUGCUGCCGGCUCCAUUAUGGCGUCCGUUGAAAAGGAAUCAUGUGCUUCCUAUCAAACACGUGCUUGGAGAGAAUUUUGCAGUUUUUCCACCGUAGAGUCCAGAAAAUUUUGAAAAUUUUUUCACCAACACUUUCUUGAUUUUUUUUUUAAAUGUUAAUCAUCACUUUAGUCACUUUUCCAUACUGGAUGCACGAGUUAUGCACAGAUUCAAAUUUCGUGCAUGUGCUAGUCGGGGUCACCACUAUGGGAUUUUGGCGUUAAUAUUUAAAUGAUAUUUAUAUAGAAAGAUAAC